AUGCCGGACGAACUCUUACUGAGAGGCUGCUACAGGACUACAGGCAUUCACGAUACCAAACUCGACAUCGAAGGUCGCUCAUGUCACCUCUACGACGUCGAUGGUAGGAGAUCAGAGCGCAAGAAGUGGCUAAAUUACUUUCAAGAUGUCGACACUAUUAUCUUCGUAGUUUCUCUAACCGGCUACUGCCAGGCUCUCCCGGAGAACGUGAACGCGAAUCAAAUGCUGGAGUCUCUAGCGCUGUUUGAAUCUAUAAUCAAGCUCGAGGGUUUUGGGACUGUUCCAAUAAUUCUCAUGCUCAACAAGUUCGACCUUCUAGAGCACCGGAUGAGGAAUAACCCGAUAGUGGACUACUAUCCUGAAUACUCUGGAGACUCGAAUCCUUUGCAUGCUUGCCGGUUCAUUGCGACUAAGUUCUCACAGCUCGACCACCGCCCACACGGAAGCCUAAGGAUGAUGGUGACCAGUGUGGUAGAAGACGAUGAUUUCAAAUCUACCAUUGAUGAGCUGUGGCCCGAUCUGUUUCGACAGGGAUUGGCGAUUAUCCCUGAGGCACCCAAGUAG